UGCCGCCAGUUGCGGAAUUGGUCCGCCGGUUCAUGAGCGAGCUGGAUGCAGUGGAAGGAGAUGUGUUGGAUCUCGCGUGUGGAAGCGGUCAAAAUGGCUUGUUCGUCGCGCAGUCGGACCAAGACAAAGGCCGCCGCAACCGCAAAGUGGUGCUGCUCGACAGAAACAUCGGGGAGGCCGCUAGGCGCACAGCCGAGCUUCCAGAGGCCACCAGAGAGCUCGUGGUGCACCAAGAGGUGGCUUUGGUUUGGUUCGGCACAGAAGUAGAUAGCCAGGGCUUCCCCCCCUUGUACUUUUCUCCAUGUUUGUACUUGCUUGCGCAGACUGACCUGGAGACGGAGGAGAACCCAUCGCCUCUGCCCGAAGAGGCCUUCGGGGCUGUUCUAGUGUUCAACUACCUGCAUCGUCCUCUCGUGGCCAACCUGCGCGACUCUGUACAGCCGGGGGGCCUGGUCCUGUACAAGACGUUCACGUGGCAGCACCCAUCGGUCGGCGUUCGCCCGUCCAACCCGGCGUUUCUGCUUGGCCCGGGCGAGCUCAAGGAUGAGAUGUUUGCCGGGUGGGAAGUGAUAGACUUCUUCGAGGGGGUGGUGGUGGUGGAAGGUACCGCCUCCGCCGACGGCGGCGGUGUCCGGCGAGCGGCGGUGUCGAGCAUCGUGUGCCGGAAACCCGUGGCUGCGGUAGUCGAUAAAUCUGUCCCCACCGAGACGUCAACACCCGUACAAGUGUAG